AUGGAUAUGUUAACGCAAGCCGAGCAGCGCACCCUGGAGCAGCGCAUGCAAAAGCGCCAGGUCAAGGAGUUCAUGGGUGCCUUCGGCAACCUCGUCGAGCACUGCUUCGACUCCUGCGUGGACGACUUCUCAUCCAAGGCCCUCUCCUCGCGCGAGACCGGCUGCAUCAACCGCUGCGUCAGCAAGUGGCUCGUCGCCCAGCGACGCGUGAGCGACCGCUUCCAGGAGCACAACCAGCAGCUCGCCCAGCAAAUGAACAAAUAA